CACCAAAAAAGCUCUUUYGCACACGAAUCGAAAGGAUAGAGCCAACACACCUCACACAACAACCAACAUACCGACCGCCAUGAGCCAAGACGGAAAACCCGCAAAAGUUGCUGCCGCUGCUUCCGACGACGAUUCGUCGUCGUCGUCGUACUCCGACGAAGAGGACGAAGACCUUGUACUGGAGGGCGUUCUGGUGAGAAAUCCCGACGCCUCGGAUUCGUCAUCGGACGAGGAUAGUUGCGAGGAAGACCCAGACGAAACCACGAAACCACCCGCCAAAAAGCAAAAGAAAAACGACACGAACGAAAGCCUCAAAUCCACAACACGGGAUCCAGCAAUCGAACGCAAGGACGACAAGCAAUCCACAACGAAGAACCAGAAACAACUACAAAAGAAGAACAAGAAGAAGAAGAAAAAGGAAAAAAACAGCGGCCCCGAAAUAGUGGACAUGGAGUUUACCUUUUGCGAUAUGGACGAAAAAUUCUUUCACGGAAUCAAGAACCUGCUGGCGUCUUCCAGCCCGGCCUACGGAGCCACCGCCUCGGGGCUGACUGACCUGAUGAUCGAAAACGCCGCUGUGGGAACCGUUAUCAGCACGGACUAUUCGGGCUACUACCAGCCCGGCCAGCAAAAGGAUCCAGACUAUGAGGGGGUCGUCUACGGGUUUGCGUCCGUCUUGAACGUGUCCACCCACGGAGAUAGUUCUUCCAUCCAGGCCCUCAAAAAGCUGUGCCUUUCCAAGUGCCCGGGGGACCGGAAGAAGGAACUAGAAACCGUUCUGAGCGGGACCACCAAGCGUCCGGCAGGCUUUUACUUCCAGAGCCGCAUGGUCAACCUGCCCCUCGAAAUCGUGGAGGUCCUGCACCAGCAACUCGUCAUGGACAUGGACUGGGCCGUGGAGAAUGCCGCAGGCCAGGGAAAAACGAAGGAAGAAACCGAAAGGCUCCGCAAGUCCCUCGACUUUGGGGCCUUUGUGCGGAUUGCGCCGACCUACCGCGAAAAGAGUGGCACAGCGUCGUACUACAAGUACUUUGACGACGAGCUGCUGGCCAACCACGCCGAAUUCGCCUACGAGAUCGAGCUGCCCAAGACCUUCGGAAUGGAAGAAACGCCCUACUGCACGGUGAUUGUCGCGACCAAGACGGGGCACCGGGYAGCCGUCCAGCAGCUGCGGGAAAUGGUAGGUGGCGGCUAGCAACAAGAAGCACUAGGAAGAACAUGGUAAGAAAAAAUAGUAGUAUCUAUAACAUACUACCAUAAUAUUAUAUUACUAGUAAUUCUACUA